AUGAACGAAAAACCAUCCUUUGAUUAUCACUUAGAUGCACACGAAAGGAAGAGCGUCGAAAAACUCGUUCCUCUCAACCAAGCUAAGAUUCAUAUCGCUAUUCGUGCAGACGUCCGUAUAAAUGGCACAAAACAUAAGAAAGGCGCUGUUUGUUUAUCCGAGCAUAUGCUUGUUUUCGCUAAAAAGAAAGUUAUCGGCAAGUCAUUCUCAAUGCUUGCAACUCUUCACCUUUUAGAUAUCAUUUCGAUGUCUACAAAAUCCGAUUACUUUAUCGAGGUUGCUUCAAAUACAGACCAAUAUACAAUAUAUACACAGGAAGCUAUGCGUCUUGCUCGCACAAUCGUCAGAGAUUACAUAUUAUCAUGCGCUCUUAUUCCAGUAUCAAAGCGCUUCAAAUUCGUUCCACACGAUCCAUCAAAAUUCCCGAAGUUCGAACCGCAACUUUCCCCAUCUCAGGCGUUUCAGUUUACUUACAACGCUGCUUGUUCCUAUUUCGACGCUACCUAUCAGCACCGCGUUGUCCAAUUCUACCACAAGAACCUCAUGACCAACAACGGUCUCAUCAAUCUUAACCAGCUUCCUCUCGACCUUAUCGAAACUAACCUUAGAUCCCCAAUGGAUUUAGAGCCAUUCUUCUAUGCCCUUAAAUACUGCCCUUACAUUUUCGGUAUUUGCUGCACAGAUGUCAUCAGACCUGACCUUUUCAAGACAAUAGCUCAAUUAAUCGAAGUUAACAACAACAUCCACAUUGUUUCCCUCGAGAACUGCAAUAUCGACCUUGGCGUCGAAGAACUUGCCAAUGCUAUCCAGAAUAACCCAAAGUGCAAUGUCCGUUAUUGGGAUUUCUCAGGCAAUAAAUUUGCCGACGCCGAGCCAUUGAUGGCAGCUUUCUUCAACUAUCCAACCCCAAUUUUCUUCCUCGAUCUUGGCGACUGCGAUCUUUCUGCUAACGCCACAACGAUGCUCUUUGAAGCUAUCAGUGUCAACAAGCAGCUCUGGAAGCUCCAGUAUCUCCACAUCCCAGGCGCUAAAAUUACAGACAAAUCCGCUCAGAUCUUCAAGAAGCAUUUACAGAAUAUGAACGACAAUGGUUCGUACAACCUCAAGUCCAUCGAUUUCGGUGGCAUCCAGUCCGGCGUUCACCACAUUCUCGAAGGCCUUGUUUCCUAUCCACAGCCUCUUGAGAAUUUGAACAUUGCCGACUCAAAGAUCAAAACAAACUCACUCAACGCGCUUAUUACAUUCAUCUCACACUCCGCAUACCUCAAGGAACUCAACAUUAGCGGCACAGGCCUUAAUGUUUCACAAACAACGGAAGUUAUCAAAGCAAUUCAGCACAACUCCGACAUCUGCAAGAACUUCUCACUCCACAUUGGCGGCCUCAAGCUUCACGGCAAGGAUCUUACAGACAUUCUCAAUGUCCUCAAGAAGACACCAUCCGCAUGGAUUCUUCUCGAUCUUGCCGACUCCGGACUUGAGAAAGACGAUGUCGACACCCUUACAAAGAUGGUUCCAAAGCUCCCGAACCUUGCAUCUCUCCAAUUGAACGAUAACUUCCAUCACAGCCAGACCGGCAUCGGCGACUGCCUUUCCAAGCUUGUCCAGAUUGCCCAGCUUAAGUCUGUCGGCCUCAAGGGCUGCAAGUCCAACGGUCUCGAGUCAGAACUCACUCCAGUUUUGAGAGCACUCAGAACAAACGACCACAUUCUUUCCUUAGACAUCAGAAACAACUACGGUGGUGCAGAACAAUGCAACCAACUCGCCAAAGUUGUACAAUCAAACAACACAUUGAUACAGCUUCUUUACGAUGGCGCAAGACCUAAGACAGUCGAACCAAUUCUCGAUCUCCUUGAUUCAAUGAAGAACUCCAAGAGCCUUGUUUCCGUCAUGCUUCCAGCAGAUGAUACAUACAAGGCACUUGCAAAGCUUCCUUCCAAGGACAGAGCGAGAUUCAUUCCAUCAAUCGCUUCCAAACAAGACGCAGUUUACCUCAACGCUCUUACAAACCAGGCGAUGAAAGGAAUGAUGUCUUUCAUGCAGAUCAAGCACGUCCCAGAACUCAACGAUAUCGUAGAGGAACUCACCGGACAAUUGGCCGAGGAUUUGACAAAGGUCGAACUUCACCUCCACUCAGCUGUCGGAUCCCUCAUCGGUCUCAAACUUCCUUUCGCAUCAGAAAACGAAGUCACAGGAGACGAAGCACACAUCACAGUUGUUGCUCACGGCGCAGACGAGUACGAGACACCAGAAGCUGCACAACAGGUCGUCGAAAAGGUCGGAGAGGACCUCACAAACCUUGCAACACUCCAGUUCAACUCUCUCGCCAUCAAGAGACCAUCACUUGGAUCAAGGACACUCAGAUCUCCUGCAAACAAGGAUUACUCAUCAGAGGACUACUACUCGUCAGACGAGGAUUACUACAACUCAGACAACGACUACGACUCUGAUAGUGAUCAUCCUAGAGAGAGAAAGAGAAAGUCUGUUAACAUUAAUGCGGAUGUUUCUCAAAUGCCGCAGAAUUAUUAA